GUAAUGAAUUUUUUGGAUAUUAAAUUCGAGAAAGGAGGUGGGAAGCCAUGACGGAACCGAAAAGGGGCAUAUCCGGAGCGGGGCCCGAGGGGAGUAUUUCUUUUCCGUUUACGGCAAGAAAAGAUCCGGUGGGCCAAAAAACCGCUCGCUUUAGAGAAGAAAAAACCUAGGGUUUCAUCUAGAACCCCGUCCACGUUUUUCUUGUAAAGAAUCAACUCCGGAAUCCUCUUGGAAUCGCUCCCUUUCCUUCUUCCAGCUUUGGAGAGGAGCUGUUCAAUCGACUCUUAGAGCCCUCAUCUUGCCGGUAUUUUGAUCCUUCCGCAGCCAUUAGGCUCCGAAACGUAGCCAGAUUAGACAAGAAAUGUUGAUUAAUCGGUCUUUUUUUCUCAUCUUUUCUUCUAUCUUAUUCAGUUAGAUUAUUGUUGUCUUCGAAGAUUUUAAUCUGGAUCUAUUUGCAUGCUCUUUAAGAUUUUGGUUGUAUGUAUAUUGUCGAUCUUGUUUUGAUUCUGAAGUAGUAUUUUUCACUCGAAGAGUUGAAUAGGUUGAAGCUUCGGUUCUGAUAUACGAGUUAUUUCUUGAUUCUUGAAUUGCGUGGUCUAAAGAUUUUUUUGAAGUAAUCGAAUGUACACCAAGAAUGAUGUGCUGAGGGGUUUAAUAGAUUGAAUCUUUGGUUUGUGAGGGUUGGGUUAUUGUGGGUUUUCUUGAAUAGCUUAUCCUGGAGUUAUGAAGUAAUGAGAUGGUCGUUGAGAAGUUUUUGGAUUUUAAAAGGACUUGGCUGGAAGGUGUUCGGUGAAUUGGUUAGCUGUUAUAUAAAUCUUAAAAAGGUUCUCAAAUAUAUGUAGAGGGUGCUGCAAUUUGCAUUGGGACUGACAUUGCAUUUAAUUAGACAUUGGAAUGUAUAUAAGAUAAGGAGGGACCGAGAGAUACGCUUCUCCGUGCCUUAUGGUUUCCAAGGGGAAGGACAGGGAAGAGAGGAGGAUAGAAAUGUAGCCUGUGGUAGGUGAGUGAAAGAAUAUCUGAAAGCUAGUAUGAGAAAAUCUUUGGCAUGAUUUAAUGUGAAUUCCGAGGUUAUGCCUCUUUUAGUGUUACAAACAAGAGAGAGGACCUCUUGAUUUUUCCAACAGGCAAAAUCUGUAUUAGGUGAAUUGCAACCGGUGCAAACUAGGAUAUGCCUUAGCUUGCUGGCCUUAUCUCAUCUAUAUGACGAGCCUUUUGUAAAUCACAGUACAGUGAAUUUGAUGCCCAUUUUGUCAGUUAUUACUUCAUGCUAAUCCUUUUAAUGGUUGUGCCAAAUUUUCAUCUGAGGCACGAUUAGGCCAGAGGAUGGUCUGGCAAGAGUUUUGCUAGACUGAUGUGUUAGUUUGAGGACCCUUGAUUUUUGGUUGCACAUUUUAAGCUAAUGGUUUAAACAGCAGUCCUUCAAGAUUUUCGGUCGCUUGGAAAAGGUCUUGGCAAGAGGGAAUCAGCAAGAUUGAUGUUGAGAACUACAUAACAGAUGUGACAACUUCACCAUGCUCUCCUUUUUUGUUCAUUUUUCCCAAAUAAAUGAUGUUCUUAAGCAUUAGCUUAGGCUGGAAGGUUGCAGCGAUUGGGGCAUUGCUUUUUAUUCACUCAAAGAAGUUCAUUAAUUGCUUCCAGAAGGUUGAAGCUUCCCUCAAAUAUGGGAGAUUAUAGAGGAAAACUUAGGAGAGGCAAUGCAAUUGAGGAAUACUUACAUGGAAAAGGUGUCAUUUGUUUGCAUGCAUUUUCAGACUUGUCACACAUUUCACCAGCAACAUUUGUCUAUCUUCUGAAGGAAUGUUACAUAUGUGGCACGCACAAAGCAACUCGCAAGUUUCGAGUUCUUCAGCAGCAAGUUUCACGAGCCCUGUAUCAUGGACCUCAACCUGGACCAUUCACUUUUAUCAUUCAAUGCCUUUAUAUUGUUUCUUUACUGGGACCUAAUCAUGCUGAUGGGUUCAGUCACAUGCUGAUUUCCUCUCUUCGGAAUAUAAGAACACUGAAAUCCGUGCUAGAAGAUUUUUCUGAAGCAAAGCACCUUGUUGUAAAGCUAUUUCUCGAUAAAUUUGCUUGUGCUAUCACUGAUGAUGAGAGUAUAGUUGUAAAGUUGUUGGAGGAAUUUGAUGUUGAGUUGAAAGAUAUUGGAGAUGCCAUAUGUGGUUCAGAGUUGAAUAAUGGAUGCUUAGACCGGGCAGAGGCAUAUGCUAAACAAUUUAUCUCUGGUUUAAUAGAAUCAAAGUCAUAUAUGGCUGCUGUAAAGCUGUCAGAACGAUUUUCCAUUCAACAUUCUGGGGAGUCUUUUCUUGUAAAAAUGAUGCAAUGCAAUCAAUUUGGAACAGCAGAAAGAUGGGCUACUUUUAUGGGGAAGCCAAUGAUAUGUUUACUGGUCCAAAAAUAUUUGGACAUGAAUUUGCUGAAGCUUGCUUAUGACUUGGUAAAAGGUAAUAAUCUCAUGCAGGAGUUUCCAGAUGUGUCCCAUUUAUAUAAAGAAAGUUCAUUAAGAAAACUGGCCGAAAGAGGGUGUUGGGAUGUUGCAGAACAGAGGGCAAACAAUGACAGGGAACUUUUAGAGUUCCUGGUAUAUCUGGCCAUGGAAGCUGGGUACAUGGAGAAGGUUGAUGAAUUGUGUGAGCGUUACAACCUUGAUGGUUUCACUAAAGUGGUUUCGGGGCCUGGGGAAAGCUCUUAUGGGGUGUAUUAUUUGGAUCUGAAGAAAUUGAAUAUGGAUGAUAUCAUAUGGGUUGAUAACAUUGAUGGACUCUUAACCGCUAGGAACUAUAUCGAGGAAUGUAAAAUUGUUGGCAUAGAUUGUGAAUGGAAACCUAAUUAUGAGAGAGGCAGCAGACCCAACAGGGUGUCUAUCAUGCAGAUUGCUUCAGAAGUCCGAGUUUUCAUCUUUGAUUUGAUUAAGUUAUAUGAAGAUGAACCAGAAGCAUUAGGCAGUUGCUUGAGGCGCAUUUUGUGCUCUUCAAACAUACUAAAGCUUGGCUACAACUUGCAAUGUGAUCUCAAUCAGUUGUCAUAUUCUUAUGGCAACUUGGAGUGCUUUGAUUCCUACAUCAUGCUUCUUGAUAUUCAAAAACUGUUCAAGGAACCUAAAGGUGGUUUAUCUGGGUUAGCAAAGAAAAUAUUAGGAGCUGGUCUGAAUAAAACAAGACGUAACAGCAAUUGGGAGCAACGGCCUUUAAGUGAGAAUCAGAAAGAGUAUGCUGCUCUUGAUGCUGCUGUCCUUGUUCGUAUAUUCCAUCAUGUCCGUCAGCAGCCUCAGUCGGGUGCUAACAAGGAGUGGUGCAAAAUUGAAUGGAAAUCUCACAUUGAAUCGCGCAUUAGUAGAAGAAGGCCUACAAACACAUCUUAAAUUAGUGCAGAAUAUGGCAAUAGUGUCACCUACCAAUCCAUUUCGAGGUUACUGUUUCUUACCUCUGCACCAGAAUUUAUCUGUUGCAUAGCUUAUUAUACAUAUCUGGUCAUCAAACACCACCUCACAUUCUGUUGCUAUUGCUGGUCAGUGGUCACCCAUGCGUAUAAUUGUUACUGUACAUAGAUAAAGUUACUAAUAGAAAUGUUGAUCAUAUUACACCUCUUGUUCAAAUUGUUCCUUCAGUUAGUAGACUCUGCCUUAGCUUCAGUAGAUAUUGAUUUGCCUUCACUAUCCAUUCAAGAAGUAUUCUCAUGCUUGAUGCAGAUGCAACUCAGUCUGUGUCCUGGAGCCUGGACCUGUACUGCUCAGGUUCUUCUGGUUAAUCAUUACUCAAAAAUUUGUCUCACUGAAAAGUUAUAGAUUUUUGUGGUGCUGAACAAUGACAAUGUGGUCAGAUGGACCAUAGAAGUGAGCAUAUGCCUUUCUUGGUAACCGGUCACUCUGGGUACCGUUUGGCUACUUUCUGGCUAAUGAGUCUCAAUAUCGGUCAUUGUGAUAGUUAAAUGAAUUAACCGUCUGUGUAGCCUGUAGCCCGUACAUAUAUAUUCAGUUGAUAUUGUGCAUGAAUAUUGAAACCUUUGCCGACUCUGGUUUGUGAUCCUAUUACGAGUAGAGCUCUUUGUUAGUUGGGAAUUAUGAUAACUUCUGGGAUAUGUUGGAAAGGUUCAACAAUUACAUAUUUACAACUGGUUAUACUGUCUGUUAGUUUUAUAGACGUGAAAUCAAAAAGAAGCCCCAUUGAUGAUAUCAGAUGUUUGGAGAAGAUAUGGCUGUUAGUUUUAUUGACAUGAAAUAAAAAAGAAGCCCCAUUGAUGAUAUCAGAUGUUUGGAGAAGAUAUGGCUGGUUAUAUCCUGAUAAUAUCUGCUUUGUUUCUAAAUUUUAGUUCACGGACAGAGGAAAAUAAAGUUGGAAGGAUGUAUCAUGCUUUCAAUUCUUUCCAUUUUUUCUACUAAGCUUUGCCCCAGGCUGGUAUCUCAUUUGAAAAAAUGUGCUCAGUCAUCUCCUGUGGUUGGUCUAUUAACCGCCAUCUGAUUCAGUGUGGCUCUCGUUGGUAAUCUUACAUAGGGGAUGAACAUUUAGGCAGAGGGUACACUUGAGGGUUUAACACGCCCACUCUUAGAAAAAGACAUUUCCACAGAAAUGGAGAUUCAACUUAUUAAUAACCUUAAUAUCCCAUAUUUCUUUCCAGCUGCUUCAUAAAUGUAUAUUCAAUGCAUCUUGUGUUAUAGGCAGAAAUCUUUGGGCUGUUUUUGCCAUAAUUUUCUAAGAGAUGUUGCAAGGACAAAAAAUGCAUCCCUUCCACCUUCAAAUGGAAUGCUCUUCACCUCUCGUCUCCUUUUCCAUAUUUUCCUAAUACGACCUUGUUUCCAUUUUCAACUUUGCCAUCAUCUUACUUAUUUACCUUCUAUAUAUUGACCCUCUCUCUAUCAUCAACUCUUUGUUGCAAACUCUCAUAUAUUUCUUUGCAUUUUUUCUGUUGUCCAAGAAAAAACCCUUGUUUUGCUAUUUGUCCACCAUUUACGAAUGAUUUCUUGUAAUAUAUGGGAUCCUCUCAGGGAGAAAAGGGAGACAUUUUUUCAAUCUACUCAACUCCGACUUUCAUAGAAAAUAAAAAUAAAACAAUGUUAAUUCAAGAGUAUGGUUCUCAGCCCUUGUUCUUUUAUUAAAUGAAUAAAAUCGUUACACAUGUCCAAUAUUUAUACUAGUAAGGUCUGUCAUUUUUAUUUGGGUCGGAUUCUUCAUCUAGUUAAAGAGGUUACAAUUUUCUGGCUAGCAGAAAAUCACAUUAAAACUAAAAUUAUCGUGGAGUUAGAUCUUGACUCUUACAUCAAUUAUCUUUUGUUGCAUCGCUUAAUUUCUCUUGGAUUAGAAGACGUGUCCGAUUAAAGUUUUACAUGUAAAGGAAACUUGUACUUUGUUCGGCUCAUCUUGCGAUGAAAAUGUUGUUCAACCCCUAUCAUCGGGAUACGACAAACCCCUAGGGGGUGGUGGCACCCCUGUAGUACUCAUCGAGAGUUUUUUUUCUAAGUUUUGUUUUGGCGCUUGAUAGACUGAAAACAGACAUAAAGUUAUGGCCUCCAAAAGCUGUGGUUUGUGAUUGAGUUUUGGAUAUGAUGGAUCUUGCUCCAGAUCCUGUCCAUACCUACCCAAUGUGGCCAUAGUGGUCCAUAGCGAGUGAUCCUCGUGUAUCAAUAUAUAGCAAGCAUUAAGUAUGAAUAUGUCACUUUGUAGAACAUAUGGAAGAAUCGGAAUAAGAAAUUUUGAGGGGAAGAACUUGGAAAAAAGCUCCAUGCUUAUGCUAAUUUGUAGCCAAAACAGAGAACCUCCAGAGGUUGAUCCGGAGGAAGUGAUUGUUAAAAUCAACCAAAGUUGCAAAAGGCAGAUUUCUAGGCAAAGAAAGGGUCAUGAUGCAUGGAUCAAAGAAAUAUCUUUAAAACUAAAAGCCAAACCAAGGAAUCUCAAGGUAUAUGGGAAUAGUAGUAAUAGUUACUGCAGAGUGAAAGAGAUGAAGAAGGAAACUGGACAUAUCUUAAAAGUCAAAAGAUUAUAUGAUGAUUUAAUUUAGCAUCUAAAUUGCAUGUGAUGGUUGGGUGUUCAGAAAUCCCAUAUGGGACUAAUUCUUAAGGUUGCUUUUAGUUGCGGAAUGAGGUAAGCCAGUGUAAAUAGUUAACCUACUCCUAACCUGCUUUACAUAGGUGUAAACUACCACACCCUAUAUGGGUGGAAAGGUAGCUUUACCAACUUUUUAAAUUGUACGCUCUUCCCUAAGAAUCAAUAAUUUCGGGUGUUCGGUAGGUUAAAGUGGAAUAGAUGGGUUAAAGGGCCUUUUUCCAUUUAACCUUCUUUUAACCCUGAAUAAAACAAGCUUAAGUGCUUAACCAAUUAAAGGAAAAUUAAACUGGUGUGUAUUGUUUCAAAAAACAGCUUCUUCACAUAAGUUAAUAUCAUUCUACUUUGAAAGACUAGAUGGAAUCAUAUUCAUAGCAGCAUGAGUGGAGCUUGGAACUUACAGAAUAUAAGUGACAAGACUGCUAGAUAACCCAUAAAUGCUUUAUUUUUUAGGAAUUUAUAAAAGUUCAAAUGGCUAAAAAGGAUGUAUGUUUUUCUCCUCAGAUUAUUUUCUUCUUCUUUGUCUUCACCAAAAAUUAUCUAUUUUUCAUCCUAAAAUUAUGAGCAACUUGUUGAUCUCUCCUGUUCCCUACUUGUUUUAGAUGUUUUCCAUGUUGUCAUGCUAAACGAAAAAAAUCUUGGUUAUACAAAUCAAAACUCUUCUUAGGGGUUCCUGAUCUUGAUUAGAAGCUGUGUUUACUGGUGCCUCUGUUUCCAGUUUUCAGUUUUAUCUUGUAUUUGAACAUGUUCCUAAAUUUCAGAAAUCUUUGGGUUAAAUAUUUUUUUCAUUUACUUCUUAAGUAAAAACAAAAUAUCAGUCUGGGACAAUCCCUUCAUUGUUAUUUCAACCGCCACACCAUUGCUGCCGAUGCUACCUACAGUUGCUGCCAUCACAUUGUCAUUGCUGCCAUCACAUUGUCAUUGCUACCACCAUCAAUAUUGUUACUGUUACCCCUAAAGCAGCACUACUGCCUUCAUUCUCCUGUUAUCUCCAGCACCAGCAACACCACAACCACCAUGACUAUAAAACAUUUGUUAUAUAUAUUUUUUUCUUUUGAGAAUAUAGCUGAUUAUGGUGUAUGUUUCUGUAUUCAAACAAUUGGAGCAAAAGAGGAACAAAUGGCUUGUUUCUGGUUUUUAUAACCAUGAAAAGUGACAACAAUGCCAAGCACAACCUAACCUAACGAGUUAUAGAAAUAUGAAACGUAGAUAAGCAGCAUACCAAGGUGAAAAUUUUACUUCUAAGAUGUUUAUGUGUAAAUAUUUAACUUAGAUGCCAGGGAUGAUUAAGGUUCCUUUAAACGAGUCUUUGAAGGUCUAAAUGCAUUUUUUAUAACAAAAUGAACCAUAUGGACUAUCAUUUGUGAUUGGGCUUUUGAGUAAUUUGAGAAACCUUGUAAUGGAGGAAGCUGAUGCACUAUCUUUUGAAUGGAUAAUUUGGUUCAGUAGUCUCCUUAUUUUACAGGAAAGUUUCCCUCUUUAUCAAAAAAUUAUUAGCAUAAAUUGCCAUCUUAAAGUUAAUUCCUAAUUUUUAGUGAUCUUUCCCCCCCUUUGUUUGGUCGAAUUUACAAGUGAUUUUGCACAGUAGCUUGUGACUUCUUGCGCUUAAGCAAAGGAUUCAAUCAUAACAGAUGCUUGCAGGGCCCGGGCUAUCUUGAAAGUGCCCUGUGUUGGUUCUGAAGGUUUCUCAAUUCUUUCUUAUCGUCAACUAAAGCAAGUUUUAAACACAGGAUUAUUUGCUUUUUUAACAUCCAUCACAUCAAUCAAUCAAAAUUAUAUCUGUUGGUAAGUUGAAUCUGGGAACUAGUAUAAUUUUAAGGAUAGGCAAGAAUAAUAUGCCCAUGUUUCUUGUUUUUCCUAUAUAGUUCAUUUUUGCAGGUAAAAUGAAAACACUUAUAUCAUUGAACAGAUUGCAGGUUUCCCUAGUGUUCAAGGAUCUCAAGGGUGAUUGUCAGUGUUGAGAAUCUCUUUUAUUGGCCAAGUGGCAAUUUGAUGUCCAUAAUUAUAUCUUCAAUUACUAAUAAUUUCUUUAGCUACACAUCAUUAUUCAUUUCUUUUGAGGGAAAAAGAGGAAUGAUGAGAAACCCCUACCCCCUUCCCCUGCCCCAAAUUAUCAGAAAGAAAAAUAUGUACAGAAAAGUAUCCCAAGAAGCUAGUUAAUGGGAGGCAAGGCAAAAGAGAGAUUUUAAAGAAGCCCCUUCUUCAUGCUUCUUGAGCCUCUUAGAAUUACAUAGGUCUCUCCACUGCACGAAGCAUUCAAGGCCGACCUCAGCACUGCUAUGAUGGAUGAUUUGUGCUCAGAAACACCCUGUUAUUUCUCUCUUGCUGCUCUUUUCAGUAUAUGUUUUUAUUCUGUUAGCCAAAUGAUUUACAUUAUUUCCUUGCUUGAAACUUCACCUUGUCUUCAAUGUUUUACUUAUUGCUAGUAAUAUUAACUUCUUUUAGAUUUAUAUGAAUUAUUGGUUACUGAAUUUUAUUUCUGACUCUUUAUUUUGUGAUUUUCUGAGAUAUUUUUCAGUUAAUCUAAUUCUGUUUUUACUUAAUGAAACAUUUAUUAAUUCUUUCCAUCAAAGAAACAUCUAUGAACGCUGAAUCUUUAAUAACAGCUAAUAUUUACUAUACAAGGCUAUGCAGCGGUGCAGUUAUUUUAUCCAUGACAUCCAAAGUCUGCCAAUCAUCCUGCUGGAGGCAGUGAUUGAGAUGAGAAAAAGCUGACUGGUGCCAGCCUGUGUGUAUAAUGUAGUUUUGAGAUGAACAAAGGCAGAUGGUGUAACCCCUUAUCUGACCUGGCCCAUGGUCAGCUCACCCAACUUUGCAUUUGGAUGGGCUGAGCCAUAUUUGGUUGGGACGAGCCUGGUUGUGAAAACUCUUGGCCAUUUCAAAGUCAACCACAUUGCUUUAUGCGCACAUACAAGUACAGGUACCUUUAACAUGCACUGAGUUGACAUGAUGGUCGAUGGAUAUUGGUUGCAUGGAAAUUUGUUAACAUGUAAAUGUGGUCAAAAUCCAUGUGACAUCAUUUUCUAGUUUAUUUUUUUUCUUAAAAACCAAUGAGGUAAAUCUUAAAUGAGACCUGCUUAGUGGUUUCGGCUCACCUCUGGUACUUGAUGUAUAUGAGGGUAUACUUAUGACAGAAUUGCCUAUAUUUAAUAGCCACUAUUGAAGUUUCUAAUAGUUGUUGAUUUUCAUAAUUAUAUGCAGAACAAAAUCAUCUAAUAAAAACUGAACAGUUAUUUUCA